ACGAACAGUGGGCAUCUAGCACCUGCAUCUCAUUGUCAAGCCUCAGGAGACGAAAUGGGAGAAACAAUUACAGCAUGCGAAGUCGCCAGACACAAUAAGACGGAUGAUGUCUGGGUUGUUGUGGAUGGCGAAGUAUUCGACAUGACAGCUUUCGCGCCCGAGCACCCCGGAGGACCAGAAAUUAUAUACCAAUAUGCGGGACGAGAUGCCUCCUCGACAUACAAUGAGGUCCACGCACCCUCUCUGAUUCGGCGGUCGCUUGACGCAAAGGCACACAUCGGAACACUUGAUGCGUCUAGCAUCACCGACGAAUGGAAGAAUGCCAAUGCCAUGACCAUUCCUCAAGCCGACGACGCCAAAGGAAAGGCGAAUCUAGAAGACAUUAUCAACCUGGACGAUUUUGAAGCGGCGGCGGCGACAAGCCUGUCUAGGAAGUCGAUGGCAUUCAUCCACAGCGGCUCCAAUGACAACAUCACGAGGGACGCAAACAGGGAAUUUCUGAAGAGAGUCUGGUUGAGACCUGCUGUGAUGCGCAAUGUCUCCAGUGUCAAUACAAGCACGACUCUGUUUGGGUGCAAGUUGGACAUACCUGUUUACAUCGCUCCAACGGGCGGCGCAAAGACUGGCGGCUCCGAAGGCGAGCUCACAUUAGCCCGAGGAGCGGCGGCUGGAGGCAUCAUCCACUGUUUCGCGACACCGUCUUCCUACCCAUACUCGGAAAUCCUCGAAGAAACGGCAAAGCAUGCCUUUUUCCAGCUGUAUGUGAACAAAGAUCGCAAGCAAUCUGAGGCUGCAGUUCGGCAAGUGGUGGCCUCGGGCAAGAUCAAAGCCAUCUUCGUCACAGCCGACGUCCCGGUGGUGCCGAAACGCGAAGAAGACGAACGUGUACGCUCUGCUGAGACUCAGGCAAUCGCUGGCAUCAAAGUAUCUGUCGGAGGCAAGGACACGAAGGGUGCUGGUUUUGCCCGUCUGGCCUCGUCGUUCAUCGACUCCAGUUUGAGUUGGGACGAUAUUAAAUGGCUGCGGAGCUUGACAAGCGUUCCAAUUCUAGUCAAGGGGAUACAGCGCGCUGAAGAUGCAAAGAUUGCGUAUGAAAUCGGCUGCGACGGGGUGGUUCUGAGUAACCAUGGAGGGAGAGCAGCAGAUAAUGCUCCUCCUGCGAUACUUGUUCUGCUUGAGUUGCACAAGAGCUGCCCUGAGGUUCUCGGAGCCAUGGAAAUAUUGGUCGAUGGCGGAUUUCGCCGAGGCUCAGACGUUGUGAAAGCCAUUUGCCUGGGGGCCUCUGCUGUGGGAUUCGGCAGAUCCUUCCUGUACGCUCUUGGAUAUGGCGAGGAGGGCAUUGAGCGCGCAAUUGAGAUCAUCAAAGACGAGGUCGAGACUACCAUGCGCUUAUGUGGCAUCACUGACUUAAUGCGAGAUGCUCAUCCUCGGUAUGUCAACACAAAGGAUAUAGAUCACUUAGUUCCAGAUGAGGGUCAUUCUUACGUGAAGAGAGUCUUGAGGAGGUCGGCAAGAUUAUAAAAUAAUUCGAGACUUAUGUAUU